UGGGGCGCCAGGGGAGGAAUUUUCAUAAUUCUCUCUCUUUAGUUAUAUCAUUAUUUUCUAAUAGUAGAAAUUAUUAAAUUAUUUAGAACUAGAGAGGGAAGAAUUCAGUUAUGCCGAUUUCAUUUAUCUUACGCUGAGAAGUGAUGUAUACAGUUAAGUUAUGUAGCUCAGGAGCGCUAUAGGUAUCCAGUAUUUUGAUUGACCACACCCCGUGGUUUCUAAAUCAUACCCGGCAAACCCUUGCGAAAUAGCUGCGUCCCUUCCCAUUCCUUGAAGGCCCAUUGCGCAAGUUUCGCAAACUCCGCGAAGUGCAGUUGAUGGCAACGCGUGAGUCACGUGCCUUGGUUGCCACAAGAGUUACUUCCCUUCCAGAUGAUAUGGCCGCUCAGUGUCGUGCCAUUCGUCAUUCGCGUCCGUACUGCCCCAGGUAAAUACUAACUGUCUAACUGCUGCAAACAAAAUUUAUUGUCUCGCUUAUCAGAAAUGUUUAUUCAAUUUUUUUCAAAACGUGUGUGUUUUAAUAACUGAACAAAAUACGAUCGGCCGGUCAGAGCUCGUGUGACAACAGGAGAACUGAGCGAUAAGUACAUUCGUUAUCACCUCCUAGGACGCGUGUACUGAUCAGGUUAUCGAAUAAGUGCAUCCGAACCAAACGAGAAAAAAAAAGAGAAGAAGUCUAUAAUUAUAUUUAACUUCAUACCGGACAUAAUCAAUGCAUCUUGCGAACCAAAAGAUGGUUCUGCUUGGCAUACUCUGCAUAGUUGUCUUUCCCUGCUUCUCACGGGGACUAGCUGAUAAGAGUAGUACUGAGAAUGAAAUUACUUCUCCACUAACUAACUUCACUCGAGAGGAUGCUACAGAAAACUCUAAAUGCAUCAACGUGUCGUUGACCAAACUGGUGACACAAGCCAACCUCGCUUGGAUUAUUUAUCCUGCCAACGGCAAUGAAAGUAACAUUUUCACUGUUCACAAACAAUUACCUUCUUGUAAGAGAAAUGAGCUUGUAUUCUACGAUUUGGACGAAAAUAGCGGAAAUAGAAGUUUUAUCGCCGACGCAUGCUCAGUUUCUGAAGAAUCGUUUGCAGGGAUGGCUGGUCGGCCUACUCUUGUUUUCUAUACACCUCCUUCUAGUGAAGAUGAAGACAAUAAUCUUACGUUUUGUUAUUUUUCGCAUCAUUUCACACAAUCGGUGUGCUCUCAAAAUGGCUUUUUGAUCCUGAAUCCAACGACAUCUCGCCAAACGAUUUCUAGCUUCGAUUCCAUUCGGGGUCCAAACAACAUCGAAUGUUGGUGGGAGAUCCCGGUUCCCCAGAAAAGUGUGCUCAAAGUUCUUAUCAGCAAACCCGGAACCCCAUCUGGAAACAGCCGCAACUGUAGCGACAGUCAAGAUUCACUAGUAGUCGCGAAACAGAGAAUUUCACAGUAUAGCAAAUUUAUGGAAUUCGUGAAUCAAACGAUCGCUGUCUGUGACGAUGAGAUCGACAUUGUCGAGACAAGCCUUAUGUUGGAUUUUUUCAUAAACUACGUGUCGGGUGACUACGGUGGAGCCAGCCCCGUUACCUUCACGUACUGGAUUGAAACCGCGUGUCCAACAACGACAGAGCUGCAAGCUAUGCCUGGCUACCAGAAAGCUUUCAAAGGAAUCAACCGAGACGUGGGAACCACCGACGCCCGAAACUGCACGUGGAAUAUUACAGCCCCUGAAGGAAUGGUGGUCAGACUCACUUUAAUCCGGAACAUGGACUACCUCGAACAAGUUGACAAUGAUGAUUAUCUCACUCUUAAUGGGGGGAGUCCAAUAGCACUGAGCGACAGCUAUAGCUUUCCUUACUGGAGCAACAGCAACAACCUCGUCAUCGACUUCCACACACCAGCCGGCAGCGACAGACUCGAGUUCAUCAUGGCCUACAUUGCCUUGCCUUGGGCAGUGUGUCAGGCUCGGCCCGUCGUGGUAGUAGCUGACACACGUGCGCUGACCAUACCUCUCCCUGUCCUGCCAACCAACGACACUUCUGGCAGUUGGGAUUGUCGCAUGCAAGUGCUUCCCAUGCACACAGGUGAGGGAUUCCGCAUCACUGUGACAUCACUCCGUCGCCCCUCGAACAGCAGCGAUAAGGACAUAUGUCUUUUUCAAUGCAAGGCGUUCAGAGGUUACUCCGUCUCCUUGGAAACGUCUAUCGCCUCACAUCCUUCAGCAAACCAAACCGAUUCAAUAGAAUACAGGAGUGAUGGCAGUCCCGUCCUCUUUGUAUUCAAGAGGACAAUAGGCAACUCCGAGGACCGCGAGGACGGCAUCAACGUAACAGUGGAGGCCAUCGACGAAAGAAAUGUAACCCCGACAAGCAGCGCUUGGUUAAUAUGGAUGCCUUCUCUGCUACCAUAUGCCGCUGCCAUUGUUGUUCUCAUCAUGGGGUAGCUCCUGUCGUCAAUACAUUUGAAUUAAGAAUGAUUACUUCACCUUUCAUACCCACCUUUCUUUCUCUUUGGUUGUGACACCUGUUUAUCGGAUUAACUAUCGGUGGUUUGUUUUCUCCGCCUUGUGUGUGUGAUGUAAAGUGCCUUAGGUAGAGGAAAAGGCAUUGUAGAAAUAAGCAAACUUUUUAUUUAUUUAAACACAAUAAAUUGUUUAUACAAAAGGCUAUUAAAACAAAAUACUAAAUGAUUAUAUAAGCCUGUUAAAAUCUUUUAAACAUGUAAACGUUGGAUAGAUGCUGCCCUUUAACAAGGAAAUGCGCAAAGGAUGUGAAAUUAAAGAUCUUCCGGCUGAUGGGCGUCUCUGCUGUCAACACCAGAGCAUGCAUUUCCUCUACAGGUUAUAGUCACUUUCACACCCUGUCUUUAAUUCUUCCUUGUUGAAGUUUUGCUCAUUAUAAAUGUACAGGUAUGAGACUUUUUCUGUGUGGUUGUAGCAUUAGUUUUCCAGAAAUACGUUGGUCAUUUCAUUAGUUUUACAAUUGAUAAAACUGUAUUUUAUUCCAAAAUUGACUUCAAAUAUUUUUAGGGGCUCGAUUUUAAACAUAUUUUACUUACCUCUUUAACAUCUCCUCUUCGUCGGAUUGGUUAAUAAAGCAUGGAACUUAAUGUGGAAUGAGGAUUCUAUUUUUUUUUUUUUUUUUUUUUUUUUUUUUAGUUUAAUAAAUUUGCGUCAAGCUCUUUUCUUCUUAUUGGCAAGAAAAAUGACAUUUUAUGCAAUUCCCACUACACAAAAAUCGACACAUUUUGCUUAAAUUAAGCUUGACAGUAAUUUAUCUUUCUGUGAAACAGCUCUCGGCAA